AUGUCAGCCUUUGAAUCACCCCGAAUUAUUGUUGUUACCGGUGCCACCGGUAACCAAGGCAAGGGCGCUAUACGUGCCCUAUUAGCCGCCAACGAGGAUUGGAAUAUUCGCGCCCUGACGCGAGACGUUAGCUCGUCAUGGGCCAAAGCACUCCUAGAAGAAUGCUCCGACGACGUGAAGGCAGAACGCCUCAGUCUUGUCAAGGGCAGCACAUAUGACCUUGACAGCAUCCGGUCGGCUUUUGUCGGGGCUUAUGGUGUCUUCGCCGCCACAUCAGAGAUCUAUCCUGGUAAGGUCUUGAUCGAAGAGGCGGAGAUGGCCCACGAGAUCGUGGCAGGUCGCAAUAUUGUCCUUGCCGCUAAAGAAGCCGGCGUCAAACACUUUGUCUUCAGUAGCCUCCCUAAUAUGGACAAAGUGACGGAGGACAAAUUUCCCGGGAUUCACCAUAUGAACAAUAAGCAUGCAAUUGAAGAGUUUGCGAAAGAGCACUUGAGCGGUGUGACUUGCCUUAUUCCAGCGGAUGGUGUGGUUGAGUUCCGUACUGCCAUUCCCAGCGAGCAAGUUACGCAGUGGACUGACCCAAGCUAUGACAUGGGCACUUUUACUGCCAAGGUUCUUGAACUAGGCCCCGAACAGACGGCCGGCAAGACGUAUCUUGUUUUAAGCGAGCCCAUCAGUCCCAAGAAAAUGGCCCAGAUAUUUACAGAAGUCACUGGACAGCCUGCAGUGCAUAAACCUAUCACUCCACAGCAGUUUGGCGAGGUGACAGCCCCCUUCAUCGGCCCUGCCUUCCAAUUGGAUGCACAGAAGAUGAUGGAGUGGGUGUCUGUGAUUCCAGCCGGCAAGGUCUGCUACGGAGCUAUGGAGUACAAGAAGAUGGACGACUCGCCUAGGGAAUUGGGACUAAAAGCUAGUACAUUCGAGGAGUGGCUGAGACGCAGCGGAUGGAAAGGGCCUGAGUAG